AUGUCUUUUCUAGACUUGUUCGAUUUCUACGCUUCCCAACACGAUGGUUCAGACCCAGUGCCCGUCAAUGAAGUUCCUGCGACCCCGCUCCGCAAAGAUCUUUCAAAAGGGACCCUGGAAGAUGGAUCACAUUCUGACUCUGUGACCAGAAGGCGUCGACAUGCCGUGUACAUGGAACGACCUCCAGUUUGGCUCCUAAGCCCGGAUCCACCUUUCAACGACCAGGACUUAUCUGGUGGAUACGAUGAUAUCCUGUGUGGACGCUGCGGAAAUUCAAUGAAGCAGAGCCCCGGGAAAUGCUCUGCUGGCGUGUGUCCAAGGGAUUUUGUGCAGGAUACCGAUACCCGGGGUGUCGCUGGUGAGGAGACGACGGACGAGCAAGAAGUCUCUAAACGGGAGUUGCUUUGUGACAUAGCAGCCGCCGUGGCGGAAGCUCAAGCGACUGAAGCUGAUUCGAAUUCAGAGCCGGAAACGCCAUUGCUUAGCCCUUUUAGUGAGCCUACGAAGAGACAAUGCGAUUACUUCUUUGCGGCAAACGAUCAGUCAGAUUUCCCAAACUCGUCCGAGGAAAAUCUACCGAAUUGUCUACAAAGUCCCCUCCGGCAGAGCAAGGCUGGCCUUUGUACUCGUCUGCAUUCGUACAGGGACAUGCGCUUGGAAGUUGGUGAGAAAUGGGCUAUACAAGAAGGAUCGCUGGUUGUUUGCGUCGAUCCGUCAUACACUCAGUUUAUUCGUCAAGAGAAGCUUCCAGACGAGUUUGACAUCACUUCUGGCGACUUCUAUAUCGUUUGCAGUCUAUAUGCGGAUCUGUGGGCCCUCUGCCUCAAACUGUCUUUUGAACAGCUGGCAGACGAUAACAAAGACGAGACUUUGGCAGAGUGCUCUACACAUCUUGGCUUUCUUCCACUCUGCGCAGUGACGCUGGCAGCCAACUUUAGCUCGUUCAUCCGAAGAUGUCAAACUGUGAACGGAACACCGAGAUACCCCGGUAACGGGCUUCCUGUUAUGCCACCAGAGCGCUCACAUAGUCUGAAUGCGAGCAAACAGUUCUUCCAAGGAGAUCGACUUCAUAUCGGUCUGCCUAGUACAGUUUACGACACUUAUAAUACGUUGUCUUUAGAAGCUAUUGACACGGACUUUAUACCUCUGGACUCCACGCUACAGCAAUUAUUUUCUUCCAUCGGGGGUCGGCGAGAUCGUGUGCAAAAACUUGGGAAACGUAUGUCACAUUGGAAGCUCUGGCGCGGAAAGUCUUCGGAGUCAGGACUACCAGAUGAUGCCCCAAGGGAAAGACAGUUUUCAUUCAGGGAUUAUUCCGGCUCGCGGAGUUCCGGGUCGCACCGAUGGAGUUCUUUUUCAUCUACUGCAAGUCAAGGAAGGAAAUGGUUCUCGCCUCGUGCCCCAUUCAAUGGACAUCGCCGAGGCAUCCGGGAUCUGAUGAGAGGACAUGAUAGGUUCCGACAUACACGAGGGGACUCCACUGCAUCUGAUCCUUUAGGCUAUUAUUCGUAG